AACAUGGCCAGCAGUGAUUCUGACGAUGAUGUGCCUACGGAGUUUGAAGAAGCUCUGUAUCGGAUUACGGCAAGGGAAAUGAUGGGACUGACGGCUAUUCUAGCAGACAUUGAAGAACUCAAGGGCCAAAUGAUAAAAGUCAGAGCAGACAGCAUUUAUGCUGAAAAAGAGAUACAAGCUGUUCACAAUGAUGCUAAUACAAAAGAACAGCUGCUGACAGGCAAGGAAGAAAGGACCAGGGUCACAGUGGAAACCGAUGAGCUCCACAGUGCACUCGUGAACCACAGAAUAGUUCGUGAUCUAUACCAAAAGAGUGUAUUUAACACCCAGAUACAACAGGCUGUACAUGCUAGUGUGAAAAAGAUAGAUACUGAUGAGUUGGUUGAAAAUUUUCCUGAGAAAGGACAGAUGUUGGCACACUACAGUUCCAAUUUAAACACCAGCAAAGAUAUAGCUAAAAUUAUGGAUGAAAAUGACAAACUGGAGGAGGAAAUCUUGGAACAACGGUUAAAAUACCGCCAGCUUUUGAAAGGCAUCAAAGAAAAAUGGGAAACGCUAGAUGAGAACAAGUCUAAAGCUGAUGCAGAUGUGCCAAGUCACUAUGAUGAAUUGCAGAAAAAAAUACAGGAGAGAACAUCAAAGAUGAAUAUCCUUGACACAAUGAUCCCAAGGUUUUGUUGA